CUCUCUCUCUCUCUCUCUCUCUCUCUCUCUCUCUCUCUCUCUCUAUUUUCCACUCCACUCUAGCUCUGACACACGCUGUUCUCCAUAUGGCGUAAACUUGAUGCCUGAUAGUGCAAGCAAAGCAAGCAAGCAUCUCCACCUUUUUUUUCAUUUCAUCGCUCUCUCCAUAAUCACUCUUGUAUAUUCCCCUGUCCGUUUUUUCACUUCUUUUGUUUUUCUCUCCCCUUUAUCGCCUUUUUGAGUCCUCACUACUGCUAUAAGCUCGUGUUUUAGUGCUUCACUAGCAAAACCCACCUCCCAAAACAUCUCUCCUUUCUCUCUCUCUCUCUAGUCUCUACCCCCCCCUUCUCUCUCUCUCUCUCUCUCUCUCCUCUUAUUUUCCCUUCUCCUUCAUCACCCACUUGCUCUGUUUUUCAAAAUCCAAAACCCCCCUGUUUUCUAAUUCCUACAACUUUUUCUUCUCUUGUGGCUCAAUUUGUCUUUUGCUGCUGGAAAUUUGUUUAAGCUCAAGAUUUUCAGAUACAUGAUUUUGGAAGUUUUUAUCUCUUUAAUAUCUACCUCCUCUGUUGCAAUGAACACCACAUCCGCAAUUAUUUCUUAGUCUCUCUCUUCUGCCUCUCUCUCUCUUUCUCAGUCUACUCUGUUCUCAUGGCUACUAUACACUUCUGUUCGCAGGCACUGAUUUUCCUGUACUUUUAAAUUAAAUUACAGCAGGUAUCUGAACACACACACUCUCUCUCUCUCUCGCUGUGUGUGUGUGUGUGUGUUUUCAAAGCUUUUUGUUUAAGAAUUUGGUGAGUGUUGUCACUUCCUUUGAUCUGAUGAAAAAAGGGACUAUGUUGAAAAUAAGGUGUCAAGAGUCUAUUAUUCUAGUUAUAUAGAUUGUCCUGCUUCCAAAAGAGUGGACAACUCUUAAUUAUAUUUAUAUUACAUGUAAACCCCUAGACUAAUUUAUUUACUACUAAUACUUCAGUCAACCCCCUUAAUUUAACCACUUUUAGCCCUCUCUAGUUCUCUCUCUCUCUCUCUCUCUCUCUCUCUCUCUCUCUCUCUCUCUCUCUCUCUCCCCUGUCUUGUUUUCCUCUCUCUCUCUCAAUCAAUCAUUUACUAGUAGAUAAUUAAAAUGGAGAUAUCAAGUCAAGAAAGGGAAAUCCCAAUCCAAAUCCCAAUCUCAAUUCCAAUCCCAAUCCCAAUCCCAAUCAACAGUUCAUAUGGUGGGGGAGGACAUGGGCAUGGUGGCCACAUGAACAUCCUCCAUGAUCCAGCCCCUCAAAAUCACAUUAUUCCCACUUCAGCCCCUCAAAUUCAAAUCCCUUCAAAUGCCCCCACAGUACCCACAAGUCUGGAGGACAAUGUGGUGCCCUACAAGAAAAUGGUCAGGUACAGGGAUUGCCUCAAGAAUCAUGCAGCAUCCAUGGGUGGAAAUGCCACCGAUGGGUGUGGAGAGUUCAUGCCCAGUGGAGUGGAGGGUACCCUAGAAGCCCUCAUCUGUUCAGCUUGCAAUUGCCACAGGAAUUUCCACAGAAAGGAAGUUGAAGGUGAGGUACCGUACAAUUCCUCCUCUUGUGAGUGUCAUUUUGGGCCUUCUUCCCAUCUCAACAACAACCGGGCUACUAAUGGGAGGAAACUCAUUUUGAGCCACCACAAAGGUAUGUUAGGCCCAGAAACUUUAGGGUACCCUACUGGAACCCUCAUCCAUUCUAGACCAGCCCAUCAUCAGAUGAUGAUGUCGUACAAUGUGGGGUCCAUGCCUUCAGAGUCUGAUGAGCAGGAAGGUGGUGGUGGAUAUGGUGGUGGUGGUGGUGGGGUGGGGGGUAGGCCACUGCCGCCACCACAUCUGGUGAAGAAGAGGUUCAGGACAAAGUUCAGCCAAGAGCAGAAGGAGAAAAUGCUGAACUUUGCUGAGAAAGUUGGGUGGAAAAUCCAGAAGCAAGAGGAAAAUGUGGUGCAGAAUUUCUGCCAGGAGAUUGGGGUCAAGAGAAGAGUGCUCAAGGUUUGGAUGCACAACAACAAGCACAAUCUGGCCAAGAAGAUAAAUUCUUCAUCCUCUGAGCAAAACCCAAUUUAGACACCAAAGAAAAAUGGAGGAAAAA